AUGUUUCACAAAGUUAUCUAUGAUGGUAAACUCAUUGAGGCGUGGGAUCGCGCCAACUCAUCUGGCAGAUUGGGCGCUGAUAAUAUUAUCGACAUUACAUUUGGCGUUGUAAGCGUCAUUUUGACAGUGAUCAAGCCUGAUGUUGAGCACGGCACAGACUUUGAAGUCAAAUCAAUCACACCCGACCCUGAAACAGCUUCUAUUCCUUUGUACCCAAAUACGGGAUCAUUCCCAGUUGAAUCAGACCACACGAUCAAAUCGGCUGCAAAUUACCCACAAUCAGACGAUCUAUCAACCGCGAAUCACUAUGACAUAUCCUCUGAAGCUUCGCCUACACAGCAUCGAAUUGCCAAUUUACAAGCUUGGCCUAAUUUUUCUUCUCGGGCUCCAAAUAUACAACAUCAAAUUCCUUCGCCGACUGUACAGUGGUGGCCUGAUGCGCCUGAAAUCAUCACGACGUCAGAAUCUCCGGCUUCUCAUGCUCACUACCACCACUCACUUCAGUCUUUUCUUUUAAAGGAGCUUGAAGAGACAAACACCAUUCCAAAGAACGGCCAUGGUAAGACGUUACCUGAGCCUUUGAGGCUCCCGCUUAACCUCGUCAUUAGCCGCCACACGCCUUCAACCUACGAGAGCUACCACUCUACUACCAAAUACCCCGCCACUACUUCUACCUCUAUCCCCGGUGUCAAAGAUUCAUAUUAUCCAGCUUCGUAUCUAAGUACGAGCUUAUCAACCUCCGCGCAAGCUUUGAGCUGA